AUGGAAAGUAAUAAAAUUACGGGUGCAGAAUUAACUGCUAAAGCACUUAAAAAGCAAGGUGUUGAUGUGGUUUUUGGUAUAGUUGGUAUACCUGUUGUAGAGGUCGCCGAGGCGAUCAUUUCUGAAGGAAUAAAAUUUGUUGGAUUUAGGAAUGAACAAUCACUUAGUUAUGCUGCAAGUGCUUAUGGAUACCUAACGGGUCGUCCAGGUGUUUGUUUGGUGGUAUCAGGGCCAGGGGUUGUACAUGCGUUAGCAGGAGUGAUUAACGCGCAAGUAAAUUGUUGGCCACUUCUUUUAAUUGGAGGAUCAAUUGAUACAUAUCAAGAAGGAAUGGGUGCAUUCCAAGAAUUAGAUCAAGUAACGCUCUGUAGAGCAAAUUCCAAAUAUUCCACAAGACCACCAUCAAUUUCACAAAUUCCAAAUGUAUUAGAUAAAGCAAUUAGGAUAUCAAUAUAUGGUAGACCUGGACCAGUCUAUGUUGAUUUACCAGCAAAUUAUAUUCAAGGUUCAAUAAAUUUGGAUUCGAUAACGUUACCGGAACGAGCACCGGAUCCACCUAAAUCACUUGCUGACCCAAUUCAGAUCAAUAAUGCAAUAGGAUUAAUUGUAAAUGCUAAAAGACCUUUAGUCAUUAUCGGUAAAGGUGCAGCAUAUUCACGUGCCGAAAUAGAGAUUAAGGAAUUUAUUGAAAAGACAAAUAUCCCUUUUCUUCCUACUCCAAUGGGUAAAGGUGUUUUGUCUGAUCAUCAUCCUCUAUGCGUAUCAGCUGCAAGAUCAAAAGCGUUGGCGGAUGCGGAUGUUAUAUUAUUAUUAGGCGCAAGGCUAAAUUGGAUUUUACAUUUUGGUUUACCUCCAAAAUUUAAUAAAGAUGUAAAAAUUAUUCAAAUUGAUAUAUUACCAGAAGAACAUUUUAAUAACUCUAGAAUCAACAUUGCUUUACUAGGUCAUCUUCCUCUAGUUAUUUCACAGCUUAUUGAUUCAUUACCAAAAUCUUUUAAAUAUUCUUCGACAUCAGAUUAUUUCAUUUCAUUAAAGCAAAAAAUUAAUAGCAAUAUUAAGAUUACUAAUGAAAAAUUUCAUGAUGAUAAUAUCCCUAUGAGUUAUUAUCGUGCUUUUUAUGAAAUCAAACGAAAAUUACCAAAAAAUGAUAUUAUAUUUGUGAGCGAAGGUGCAAAUACCAUGGACAUUGCUAGAUCCAUUUUUGAUGUACAAGAACCUAGAUGUCGAUUGGAUGCUGGCACGAUGGCAACUAUGGGGGUUGGUAUGGGUUAUGCCAUGGCAGCAAAAUUAUGUUGUCCAAAUAAGCGCGUCGUUGCUAUUGUAGGGGAUUCUGCAUUUGGAUUCAGUGCAAUGGAAAUUGAAACAGCAGUUCGCGCAAAUCUUCCACUUUUAAUCAUGAUAAUCAAUAAUAAUGGAAUAUAUCAUGGUUUAGAUUCGAAAACUUUUGACGAAACCCCUAUAAAUAAUUUACCUUCAACCGCUUUAUUACCAGAUGUAAGAUAUGAUUUAAUCGCUGAUGCUACGGGUGGUAAAGGUUAUUUUGUGAAAACUCCUCAAGAAUUAAGUAAUGCUCUUGAUGAAUCACUAAAGGAUGAUGAUAGAUGUAUUGUUAUUAAUGUGAUGAUACAACCAGGAGGAAAAAAGAAACUGGAAUUUGCAUGGAUGGAAACGACAAAGCCAAAAUUGUAA